AUGAAGAGCACUAAGAACAACACAGAAUUCGCUAGAAAUAACAAAAUAAUAACAGGAUUAUAUAUAAAACAGCAGGUUAAGCGGAUUGUCUUAAAUGAACACAUUAGUGAGCCAGAAAUACUUGACCUAGUGAAGGUUAAAUUCUUAUGGCCAUUCCUUAAGAUAUAUUUGACCAAGAAUAUGCACAAAUAUGAUGUACUAAAUCUAUUGGAUGCCUUCUGGGAGUAA